AGGUAGGAGAAGCCGUACAAUAGGUGUGCGCUGCCUUCCUGUUGUGUUGUGGGUGUCAUUUGCAGCCCUUCCCUCCCUUGUGAUGGCAGCACAGGACCCAGCACCCAGGAGCAGCACCAGGAGGAGGACACAACAAAGACAGCAGCUCUAGUCCAGUAACAAUACAGCAGCCUCUAUAGUUUGUGACCAUACAGAAUGCUGAAGUGUAUAGUUUGUUAUGCAUAUACACCAUGGCUGCAGCAGAUGGUCUGGAUCAGGACAUUCCUUUGUUUCACCUUCCAAAAUUCUGGGCUAAGUGUCUAGUUGGACUCUUGUCACUUGUAUGUUUUACAAAUAGCUACAAUGGCAAUUUCGUGUUUGAUGACUCUGAAGCGAUCAUUAACAAUAAGGACCUCCGAGAAGAAACUUCAAUUGGGGAUCUGUGGCUGCAUGACUUUUGGGGCACCAAACUCAGUAGCAAUGCAAGUCAUAAAUCCUACAGACCGCUCACAGUCUUAACAUUCAGGAUCAGUUAUGCCCUUGCGGGAGGAUUACACCCAGUUGGGUUUCAUAUGAUCAACAUACUAUUACAUUGCAUGGUGUCUAUCUUGAUGCUUGAUGUUUUUUCACUACUCUUCAGUGGUGGAACAAGUGACAAAGGAAAAAAAGUAACAUAUGCCCCCAAGGCAGCAUUACUUAGUGCUUUGUUGUUUGCAGUACAUCCAGUACAUACAGAAUGUGUUGCAGGAAUUGUUGGCAGGGCAGAUCUGCUUUGUGCACUUUUUGUCGUUUUAUCUUUUCUUGGAUAUAGCAAAGCUCAAAUAAUUAAUAAAGAAGACCAUACCUCACUGUUCUGGGUGCUGCUUAGCAUUGUGCUUGCCGCAAUUGCCAUGUUGUGUAAAGAACAAGGCAUAACUGUUUUGGGUCUGAAUGCUGUUUUUGAUGUCUUUGUAAUCUGCAAGUUAAACAUGCUGGAAUGUAUCCAGAAGGUACGGCACAGGGACAAAACCCCAGAGCAUUUGUCAUUUCUAAAAAAAGGAUUGAUUUCAAGAAUAAGUCUUCUGGCUGCUGGGGCUAUAUGCAUGCUAUACAUACGAUGGAGAAUCAUGGGUACAGGGCCUCCAGGGUUUUCUGAUGUUGACAACCCAGCAUCUUUUGCUGAGAACCUACUUGUGAGAGUAAUAAACUAUAAUUACUAUUAUUCCUUAAAUGGAUGGCUACUGCUGUGCCCAUGGUGGCUCUGCUUUGAUUGGUCAAUGGGCUGUAUACCUCUUAUUAAAUCUCUCCGUGAUUCUCGGAUAAUGGCACCGGCAGCACUUUGGUUCUGCUUGUUUGGCUUAAUGUACCAGGCAUUAUUCUCCAGUAAUGGCCAAACGAGAAGAAUCCUCACUAUGGGCUUGGGAUUUCUCAUAAUUCCUUUCGUUCCUGCAAGUAAUUUAUUUUUCCGCGUUGGAUUUGUUGUUGCUGAAAGGGUCCUCUACCUGCCUAGUGUGGGAUAUUGUAUAUUACUCACAUAUGGCUACAGUAAAAUCUGUAAACAACUAAACCAAAAGAAACUCCUGACUAUAGUUGUACUUGGACUGCUGACCCUUUAUCCGAUGCGCUGUAUCUAUCGAAGUAAUCAGUGGAAGUCAGAGGAGCUUCUUUUCCAAAGUGCACUUGAUGUGUGUCCUCUGAAUGCUAAAGUGCACUAUAAUAUAGGAAAAAAUUUAGCAGAUCGAGGCCUUCAAACUGAUGCCAUUAAAUACUACAGAGAAGCUAUAAGGUUAAAUCCAAAAUAUGUUCAUGCAAUGAAUAAUCUUGGUAACAUACUAAAAGAAAAAAAUGAACUCCACGAGGCUGAGGAACUCUUAUCUCGAGCUGUGUCAAUCCAAUCAGAUUUCUCAGCUGCAUGGAUGAACUUGGGUAUUGUUCAGAACAGCCUUAAACAGUUUGAAGAAGCUGAAAAGAGCUAUUUGACUGCUAUCCGAUACAGAAAAAAAUAUCCAGAUUGUUACUACAACCUAGGGCGAUUGUAUGCAGAUUUAGAUCGACAUAUGGAUGCACUGAACGCCUGGAGAAAUGCCACAUUUCUAAAGCCACAGCACAGUUUAGCUUGGAAUAACAUGAUCAUACUGCUGGAUAAUACAGGCAAUUUAGCUCAGGCGGAAGCUAUAGGAAGGGAAGCCUUAAAACUGUUACCGCAUGAUCAUUCAAUCACAUUUUCAUUAGCCAAUGUGCUUGGAAAGGCGCAGAAAUACAAGGAGUCUGAAGGCUUGUUCCUCAGAGCCAUUGAAGCUCACCCCUCAUCUGCAAGCUAUCACGGCAAUUUGGCUGUGCUUUACCAUCGCUGGGGGCGUCUUGACCUGGCCAAGAAAUACUAUGAAAUUUCCAUGAAGUUAGAUCCUUCUGCCUCUGGGACCAAGGAGAACUACAAUCUGCUGAAACGAAAACUGGACCAGCAGCCAAAAAAGAGGCAUAUGUAAAAAGCUCAACAGUACAAUAAAAUGUGAUUACCAGAACUCUACACCUAAUAGAAUUUUCUUGUACAUAUGCUGUCUCUUUACACAGGAAAUAUUCUCUAGAAAGUACACAAUAACCACCAAGGGAUCGCCAGGUGUAGGUAAUAGUUUUCGUCAGGUGACCUUUUUGAGAAUGGGAGGAGAGGUAAAAGUCUCAUUCAGAUGAAGAGAGAGUGAAGUAUCCCAUCCUCAAGGAUAGUGAGAUAUAGUUCAAUAUUUAAUAUUAAUAUAUUAAUAAUGUUUGACUAAGACCGUGAAUUAUUAUAAUAGUAAUAUAAAUAGUAAUACGAAUUAAUCGCAUUAUACAACACUUAUGUGUAUAAAUGAAUUUAUAUACAUAAGUGUCGUAUCAUGCGAUUAAUUCGUAUUACUAGGUGGGAAUUCAAGCCUAUUGCUAAGUGUGCAUGAACAAAUCAUUUCCCAUUCCUGUGAUCCAUAACCUUCUUUUAAAGAUGACACCCUCUUCACCUGUUAAUAAAGACUGAACUGCUAUAUAUACAAUGAACUUUUUAUUUACUAGCAUAGCUACUGAGGAAGGGGUCGAAUACCCUGAAACACGUUAAUCUGAAAAAGACACAUUGCGGUUUUGUGGACUGUAAGCCUAUUAGUCCGAACAAGCUAUAUGGAGACCUAUACGGUGAUACUACAAUAUACCUGCUGCUGUUCGUGAUCUGUUGUUUUUGUGAUCCACCAUUGUGAUCCAUCCUCUCGCUUCAGAGAUCCAUCUGCCAUUCUAGAGAUCCAUCUGCUGCUCCUGUGUUCCACCUGCCAAUUCUGUGCUCCACCCACCACUCCUGUGCUUCACUCACCGCUUCCAUUCCUUGCUGAUGUCAGAUGCUGACACCAUGAGGAAUUGCCAUCCAUCAGAAUAUAUACGCACCCUCAGAGUUUCUGUGCGACAUCCACCGGGUCCAGCGCAAUCUGGACCAGCCACACUCGGCGCCUGCAAGCGCAUGAAAGUCUGCCUGUGUUCCACAAUGAAAGGAGACGGCAUCUAUAGCGACAGCUGGUAAUAUUGUGUAACACAGUAGAGUGGCAGGAUUUUAUAAUUAACAUAUGGACCUAUAACUUGUAUUGCAUUACCAAUAUAUAAAAUUUGGCCCAACAUUGCCUGAAUAUUGCCGAACUAUCAGAUGGCUAUACAGUAACAAUUGUCCACAUAUUCUGAAUGAAUAUAUAUGCUACCGUAUGUGUAUUUUAUAUAAUAUUCCUCCUACAAGGGCCCUGUGAGGGGAUUUUUUUUGUCUUAGUCAAAUAUUAUUAAAUAUUAUACUAUUUCUCACUAUCCUUGAGGUUGGGCUACUUCUCUCUCUUUUUUGAUACACAUUAUAGCACACCUUGAGUAUAGGUUUUUGCCCAUUUACCUCGGCUAGUGAAUAAUUGUGAGCUGCACCAUUUUUGCCAGUGUGUCUCAUUCAGAUGAACUUGCUUUAUUAUAUGCACACUUUUUAUCUUUUCACUACAAUGGUUUACACCAGUGAAGACUGUUAGAAAUGCUACACUCUAGCUGUAGAACACAACUGAACAGAUUUCUUAACUGCUUUAUUUAUUUCUUCUGUGUAUAUAUGCUGCAUGUGCCAUUGUGGCUAUUUUUUUUUUCUAGGAGAAUCUUAAACAAGCUUUAAAGGGGUACUCCGGCCCCAAUACAUCUUAUCCCCUAUCCAAAGUAUAGGGGAUAAGAUGCAUGAUCGCGGGGGACCCUCCGAUGGGGAUCCCGGCAAUCUGUCUUUACCCACCCACCUUUGUGAGCUCUCCUUAACGCUGGAUGCUAAGCAUGUGUAGCAUGACUACCACGGGGCCAGAGUAUUAUGAUGUCACUACUCGCCCCGUGGCGUGAUGGCCCCUCCCAUAGACUUGUAUUGAGGGGGUGAGGCGUGACGUCACACGGAGGUGGAGUCGUGUUAUGUCAUGAUACUCCCCUUUUAUUUAUGUGUGUCAAGAAAACAGCCAUUGGGGGAAUUAAUCAUUGCUAUAUGCUGGGUAUUUUACUUUGAAUUGGCCCAAAUUUUUGCAUCCUUUUAGAGAUUUAUGUGACUCGUGCUGAUUAUCCAUUUGUGACCGGGUCUAUAUUAUGUGCUGAAUUUAUUAAAUGCAACUUUUUAAGUUUAAACACAAAAAAAUCGCAAGCUUAAAUCAAGGAUAGUGUAUUAUGUGGUUUAGGUACUAUUGGCUUACUGGCCAUAAAAUAGAUCAACUAAUGGGGAAUUACACACUGGUAAAAACAGCCUAUCGUUGGCUUUAGCAAUAUAUAUGUAGCUCAGGAAACUGAGCAAAUAAGUUCCCCCCAUUGUCUAUUUAUAACAUGCAUCCAGCCUUAUAAUGUGUGAUCUUAUUGUGAAUUGUGUAUUUAUUUAGUUAUGGAGCCAUCUUGCACAGGUUUGUUUAAUAAUGUGUGUUUUUCUGUAUAAAAGUGGAACAAAUGCAGUUCUUCUGAGUUUUGCAUAUAAGCCACGAUAUGUGAGAUUAUGCAUUGUUGUCCUAUAACUGCUUUUAGAGUUUUCCCAUUCACUUUCAAAAUCUGUAACAAAAGAUUUAGUUUUUUUUGUUGUUGUGUUUUUAAGCAGUCAUACAUAUAUCGUGUGAGCUAUUGCUUAGCAACAGAUCACAAUCUCCAUACUCCUGUCCUAGCCUAAAUACAUCACUUACAAUAAUAGCAAAAGGUUCAUUGUGUAUAUACAGUUGCAAAAAAGUAUGUGACCCCUUUGGAAUAACCUUGAUUCCUGCAAUUGACUAAUAAAAUGUGGUCUGAUUGUCACAAUUAUCAGCAAACAAUCUAACCAUUUUAUCAGAUGUUACUUUAUUAGUAAUUAAUGCAAAAUUCCAGGUAAUUCCAAAGGGAUUACUUACUUUUUCUUGCAACUGUACAUACAUACCACAAGCUUCAUGCCCUGAUGAAGAUGACUAGAGAUGAGCGAAGUUACAGUGAUUCGAUUCGUCCGAACUAGGUCUCCCAGGUCUGUAUCCACCUUUUCCAGCCCACCGGAGCACCUGAAAGCUGAACUCAUUUAUGCAGGAUAAGUCAUCAACUGCUGAGCCGAGAAGUUCUUGACAAAGGGAAUCACUGUAACUACGCUCAUCUCUAAAGAUGACUGCCAGUGUCUUCCAUUUCAGUGUGAUUUUAACUUGAGAGGGCCAUGUAGCAGUAAGAUGACUUCUCUUCCUGUAAAAGCCUUUUAAAUGUGACAGAUGUGUGUUCUUUUUAUUCUAGUCUUCUAUAUUUGUAGUUAAUAAGUCAUUCUGUAGUUUGGAGACCAAAGCUAGUCCCGUCACCAUUAAAGGGGUAUUCCAGGCCAAAACUUUUUUUAUAUAUCAACUGGCUCCGGGAAAGUUAAACAAUUUGUAAAUUACUUCUAUUAAAAAAAUCUUAAUCCUUCCAAUAGUUAUUAGCUUCUGAAGUUGAGUUGUUGUUUUCUGUCUAACUGCUCUCUGAUGACUCACGUCCCGGGAGCUGUGCAGUUCCUAUGAUGGGAUAUUCUCCCAUCAUGCACAAGAUUUUUUAAUAAAAGUCAUUUGCAAAUCUGUUUAACUUUCCAGAGCCAGUUGAUAUAUAUAAAAAAAGGUUUUGCCUGGAAUACCCCUUUAAGCAGCAAGAUCUUUUUCUGCAUUGUUUGUGCAGAUUACUUCAUAUUUGCACCAUGAACCUUAAUUUGUUUUAUACAUUAGCUCUGUACAACCCUGUAUGGGUGCAUUUCACAGCAUUGUAUGAUCUUUAGGUUUGUCAGGUUCCUAUUUAUGUCUGUUAUAUUGUUUACCAUUUGUUUUUCACUAUUUUCCCUCUGUAGCCGUACAUUUGAAAUAAAAAAAUAUGAAAUUG